AUGUUGUUUUAUAUUGCUUAUUUUUGUGAUAAACAAAACUUCAUCAAAUGCGAGAAUAUCAUUGUUCCUCUUAGAGCCCUCACUCGCCAUCCUGGCUUGGAUGUAUGUUUUUUGAAAAAGAAACGUUGGCAAAUAGCGCUGUUGGCCAAUAUUGGGUUUAUCAUUGCUUUUGGAAUUCGCUGUAAUUUUGGUGCUGCAAAGGGGCGUAUGAUAAAUAAUUUUACCGAUCCAUUUGGCAAUAAUCACGGUGUAAGUUAUCCUGCAAUGCAUGGUGUCUGGAGACACUGGGCGCCACCAAUGGAGCGAUCGAAGCUUGCAACAACGACAUUCACUGGUGGAUACCUCGGUGUGAUGAUUGGCUUACCGCUUUCGGCUUAUCUCGUUUCAUACAUCGACUGUGCGCCAUCUCCUGAAAAAAGCAAAUCGAUCUCGGAUGAUGAGAAACGCUUCAUUGUCGAACAGCUUGGACAAAUUUCUUCAUCACCAGCAACGCUAACAACAAUUCCAUGGAAGCAAAUUUUGCUCUCGUUACCUGUGUGGGCUAUUGUUAUUAGCAAUUUUUGUCGUUCCUGGACAUUUUUCCUGUUGUUGGGCAACCAGUUGACCUACAUGAAGGAUGUGCUGCAUGUUGAAAUACACAACGUAACAUUUUAUUUCAAUUUUUUACUAGUACCAAUGGCCGAUCAUGGUGGUUUGAUUUCAUCUUUACCGCAUGCUUUGAUGUCGGUGGUGGUGUUGGCAUCUGGACAGUUAGCUGACUAUCUUCGCUCUACUGGUAAAAUGUCAACUCAGAUGGUCCGUAAAGUCUUUAAUACACUUGAAAUUAAGCAAAGUGAAAAGAAAAGUUUAAGCAUCGGCUAG